AUGGAAGAGGCACUGAGGGUGGUUGGGAGUUUGGGGGAGGAGACGGAGGAGUCUGCGGUGGGGGAGGUGGUGGUUGGAAAUUUAGAGGAGGAGAAGAAGGUUGUGGUGUGUUUGGAGGAGGCGCUAGUGGAUGGCAUCUGCGGUGGUAUGGUUGAUGGAGUUUCUGAUGGUGUAAUUGGAAGAGGCACUGAUGGAAUCUGUGGUGGUAAGAUUGAUGGAGAUUUAGGUGAAAAAAUUGGAGAAUGCACUGGCGGAGUCUGUGAUGGUGGAACUGAAGGACGCACUGGUAGAAUCUCCUCCGUAGGCGUUGGCGUGAUGAUUAAUGGAGGAAGCUGGGGUGAUAUGGUUGGAGAUGUUUGGGGUGGAGUCUGCGAUGGUGUGAUUGGAGGACUUACUGAUGGAGUCUUCGGUGGUGGGACUGGAGGAGUCUCCGGUGGUGUGAUUGGAAGUAUUGAUGGAGUCCAUGGUGGUGGAGUUGGAGAAGUUUGCGGUGGAGUCUGUGGUGGUGUGGUUGGUGAUGGAUUGUUUGGUGGAAACGUUGGCGGUAGGAUGCUUGGUGGUGUCUGCGGUGGGGGAGCCACUGGUGUUAUUGGUGAAGUUUGA